GGAACUUAGUGCUUUAUAUGUUGGCCAUUAAUUGCCGGGGGAAUAGGGCGGAAGACAUAACAAAGAACGAACAACUUCUAAUUGCUAAAUAUUUGUGAAUAUACUGGAUCUAGCCCAAAAACAAAGUCAGUUCACAUCUCUAAAGAAGCCAAUCAGCUGAUUGUUUACUUGCUGAGAAUCAAGAAUGACGACACCUGUGCGAAUUGAAAAACUACUGAAAGAUCACCUGGACGAUCUGACUGAAAGCAACCUGGUGUCAUUUCAGUGGUAUUUGGCCCUGAAUGUGAGAGAGGGAUGCCGACCCAUCCAGAGAUCCCAGCUGCAGGGGGCUACCAGAGAGCAAACUGUGGACAUAAUGGUGCAGGUUUAUGGGGAAGACGGUGCUCUGGAGACUGCAGUGGACAUUCUCUUUAGAAUGAAUUUUAAUGACCUUGCAGUAAGGAUAAUUCAAGCCAUAGACCGACCUGUGGAACAGCAGGUGUCUGAGCCACCACCCUCUGGUGUGAAAAAGACACAGAGAGAUCUAGAUUCAACUCUCACUCUGAAUAUUUCUUGCCCAGUUUGUUUAUCUAUUUACACUGAGCCUGUGGUGCUGCAGUGUGGCCACAGCUUCUGUAGGAAAUGUAUUCACUGCUACUGGAAGAGUGUAAGAGUGUCUCUGAAAUGCCCAUCUUGUCGGAGGGUCAAUAAUGACAGUGAACCUCCAAUUAAUUUCGCCCUGAAGAGUUUAAUUCAAAACUACACACAGAGAAGGGUCAAUCCCUCAGGACGACACAGAGAUGACUCAUAUCAGACUUCAGUGAACGUCAAAGAGAAGCAGGAAGCUUUUGAAAAAGUCAAGCAGUUCUGUGAUUCCUCAAUCGAGCAGAUAAAGAAUCAGAGCCGUAACACGGAGAAUAAGAUCAAGAAGAACUUUAAGAAGCUUCAUCUCCGCCUCCAUAGAGAACAAGAAGCCAGAUUAGAGGCGUUAAGGAAAGAAGAGACUGAGAAGAUUCAAAUGAUGCAUAAGAUCACAGAGCUGAACAAAGUCACACUCUCGCUCUCUGACAUUGUGAAGGGUGUGGAAGACUUACAGGCUGACAACUCGUUCACACAGACCUUUAGGACUGAAAUGGAAAGAGCUCAGAAUGCACUACCAGAUCCACAGCUGCUUCCACAUGUACAAAUAGAUGAGUCCAAACAUGUGAAAAACCUUCAGUUGGAAGUCUGGAAAAAGAUAAGGAGCGACAUAGAAAGCGAUGGAUACCGGAAGUCGUCCAAGAGGCCAAAAAUAUUGAAGAAUGAGAAGCGAAAGAUAGAUCUUAGGCAUUUGGGGCCUUCAUGCAGUAAAUGGCCGACCAAUGAAGGAUUCGAACCAGGGCCGACUGCAGCGAGGACUGUAACCUUUACAGAUUUGGUGAUUGUUCGACCCACUUCGCCAGUUGCAGUCCAACUUGAAACAACGAUGAAUGACAGUAACAGUGACAGUAACAGUGACAGUGACAGUGACAACAAUUACUAAUAAUGACGACAGUUUCACACGAAAUGUGAGGACCUUUUUUCAAAAUUGAUAACAUACAAACAUUUCAAGUAAUGACAGUACUCAGUCUUUUGUUUUCAUAAUUCACACUUUACUGGUUUGACAGUUUGUUGUCUAAAUUGAGUUUAUGUGUUUUAGUUAAAGACCCCCUCCGAUGAAAAUCAAGUUUUUAACCUUGUUAACAUGUCCCUGUGAUGUUUUUUUUUAAUAUAAUACAAGACAUAUAAUGAGUGAAUUAAACAGUCAACACCAUGACUGUGCAUUUCCACCUUGGAACUGCAGUGACCCAAUGACAGUCUCAUAAAAAAGGAUUCAGACAGUCAGUAAGUAAGAGGAAGUCAGAGUGGAUGUGCUUACAGCCCCAGUUUCUUUUUUUCACUUUUUAUGUGUGAAAACCAUGUUAAACAGAAUAUUAAUCAAAGCAGAGUAUUUUUUUUACAUAGUUUAAAGUUCUGGAGAGGAACUUUAACAUUCUGUUCGUAACAUUAUUUUUACUUGCUUUUACCUUUUUUGUUGCAUAGAUCCAGAAAGACCUGCCUUAGCCUAAACAAGUGGUACUGAAAAAGAGGGACGCCGUCUGGAUGGGCCUUUUAGGGUCCAUUUCAGUUAAAUCAUUUGGGACUUGCUUAAGUUUUUUUUCUCUUAGUUUAGCAGUUAGUUAGUUUGUAAAUAGUUUGAUUUGAAUCUUUGGUAGUGUUAAGGUUAAUUUUCUAUAUAUUGUUAAUUGUUUAUUCCUGUCCCCCUUUAUUACUGUGUAGGGUAGCCUGUAUCUAUAUAAACUCACCUUGUGUCAUUUGUUAGGUCAGGUCCGUUUGCUGUAUGUUUAGUUGACCUUAACCAAAAUUAACCUAAAACUAAUCAUAACAUUAGUUUUAAAUUCAUUUUGGUUAAAUUGAAACAACUUGUAAAUAGUUUUUUUUUGCUUUACACACCUGGUCUCUUGAUCCUUUCUUCUCUUGUCCUUGACAAUGAUGAGGAGGAAUAUGACCACAGUGUCAUAGUUCUAGGAAAUGGCUGCUACAGAUUCAGCCACAUAUUAGGAACGCAUAUUACCUUAUCUUAAACCAUCUGUCAGGUUUUACUGUGUUUUCAGAAACAGUUGGAUUCGCUGUUUCAUGAUUUGGAAUUCUUAAGCCAAUGUCUUUGUUGUGAUAUACUAAUGUGAAAUCCAUCAUAUAAAGUGGAAAAUCUUGAAUUACUUGUACUGUAGCACUGAACAUGUCUUAAAUCAUUUGAUUAAAAGAUAUACAUGCCCAUUUUUGGAAGAUAUCUAGUUAUUAUACCCUGAUUUUAAGUUGCUUUGGACAAAAGUGUAAUGUUAUGUAAAAAAAAAAAGCACACCACAGAAAUACUGAAAAACUUAUUUGAUUGCCAGAUCAUUGUAUUAACAAAUUCAAUCUACAAUUUUCCAAUAAAGAAAAUCAAAAAAUGUU